AUGGACAACACUCAGAUAAACAAGGGACAAGUUACACCAACGCCAGUAAGCACCUGCGUCGAAGAAACACAAAACGUACACGUCAAUACAAUGAUUGCAGCGUCACACUUAGCUACUAAUCAAAGCAUCGCUCUCUUAGCAACAGCUGUAGUACCGGCACGAAACGAAGAGGGUCAUAUUGUUCUUCUCAGAACAUUGAUCGAUCAAGGUUCACAAGCCUCAUUCAUCAGCGAACGCGCGACUCAAUUGCUCAAACUGAAGAAACACUCUGUAAAAGAAACAAUAGUGGGAGUAAGUUCUACAAGAACUAACGUCAAGCACGUGGUACAGCUACAAAUAGGUUCACGUUGGGAUAAAAACUUUAGCCUUUCUAUACAACCUUACGUGAUCUCCAAACAACUGACCGCUAAGAUACCUACUAAAGUCAUUAAAAACAACAACUGGCAACACCUGGAAGGGCUCGACUUGGCCGACCCAUGCUACCAUACACCAGGUGCCAUAGACAUGCUUUUAGGAGUGAAAGAAUACACCAACAUAAUACAGCAGGGUAUAAUCAAAGGUCCACCGGGUACACCAUGUGCUCACCAAACAAGCCUUGGUUGGAUAAUAUUUGGAGAAAUUUAUACAAACCUGGAAUCAAACACAUUUCUUGUCAUGCACCUACAACUAGAUGUCGAAGACAUGUUAAAAUCCAUAUGGGAAAUAGAACAUUAUACAAAAAGAAAAAUAACACAGGAAGAAAAACGAUGCGAAGAUAUAUAUGAACAAACACACACAAGAAAUGAAGAAGGGCGUUAUAUAGUUAAAUUACCCUUCAAGACAGACAACCCUAGAUCACCGGAUGGAAACACAAAAGAAAUCGCAAUGAAAAGAUUGUUACAACUAGAGAGAAGAUUCAAAAGAAUGCCUUACUUGAAAGAAGAAUACACUAAAGUUAUUGAGGAAUAUAUACAAUUAAAUCACAUGGAAGAAGUUCCACAAAAUGAAAUAAACAAUAGAUGCGUUUACUUACCGCAUCAUGCUGUUGUCAACCCAGAGAAAGAAAGUACACAAACACGUGUGGUGUUUGAUGCCUCUUGUAAGGAUAGUACAUCUGUAAAUGUUUCGCUUAACGAUGAACUACUUGUGGGUCCUCAGCUGCAGGAAGAUUUAAGAAACUUAUUGAUGAGAUGGAGGAUAAAAAAAAUAUGUUUUAUCGCAGAUAUUACAAAAAUGUAUCGCCAAAUACUAGUGACCAAACCUGAUUCAGACUAUCAGCGUAUAUUGUGGCGCACUGAUCCGUCUAAAGAUGUUCGAAUAUUCCGUCUACUUUGA